AUGGAACUACGGAGAGUGUUCAGGGCUGUGUGUAGGAAACACGAGCUGACCCAGUAUGAGCUGGAGACGGCCUCCUCAGACCUCAUCUCCAAGAAGCAGCAACGGGAGGAGCUGGCCACUGGGAUGGUACGGACGUUCUCCUUCAAAGGAAUGACCAACAAGCUGUUUGGUCAGGAGACACCAGAGCAGAGGGAGGCUAAACUCAGCCUACUAGAGGAGCAGAUCGUCCAGGGAGAYGAGACCGUCACAGAGAAAACAGUGGAGUGCGAGGAGUACGUGAAGGGUGCGUGGGUGGACAUGCAGCGCUUCAAGGAGCAGAAGGACAGGGAUCUGAGGGAGGCUCUGAUUGGCUACGCCGUCAUGCAGAUCAGCAUGUGUAAGAAGGGCAUUCAAGUGUGGACCAAUGCUAAGGAAUGUUUCCACAAGAUGUAAGGGGGUCGGGCCGUGGGUCAGCGACGACGUCUAUGGUACGCGUGCACAACAACUUCACCUUUUGACCUUCACAUGGAAACAGAACCAAUGUUGUCACGGCAACAAGCCCCAGCUGGCAUAAAGUUACAYGGCUGCGUCUCAAUACUCAGUCCACUACUGGCUGCGCUCCAGAUAAAGUGGGGAGGUAAGGAAGCCUUUCAAGACAUGAGAUGCAGUCCGGGACUAUAUUUUAUAAUGAGAUAUAAGGCACAAACAUAUCCCCUUGUGUUGAUUUAUUAAGAGAACGUGUGUAGUAUCAGCAGGAUAAAGGUUGUUUAUUAA